AUGAAGUGGAAUUCGGGGCUGCAGGCCGUCCUGGCCUCGCUCCUCUUCGCGACCACCGCCCUCUCCGAGCACACGAGCAACUGGGCCGUCCUCGUCUGCACGUCGCGCUUCUGGUUCAACUACCGCCACCUCGCCAAUGUCCUGUCCAUCUACCGCACCGUCAAGCGCCUCGGCAUCCCCGACUCGCAGAUCAUCCUCAUGCUGCCCGACGACAUGGCGUGCAACCCGCGCAACGCCUUCCCCGGCACCGUCUACAGCAACUCGGACCGCGCCGUCGACCUCUACGGCGACAACAUCGAGGUUGACUACCGCGGCUACGAGGUCACCGUCGAGAACUUUAUCCGCCUGCUGACCGACCGCGUCGGCGAGGAGAUGCCGCGCUCCAAACGUCUGCUGACCGACGAGCGCAGCAACAUUCUCGUGUACAUGACGGGCCACGGCGGCAACGAGUUCCUCAAGUUCCAAGAUGCGGAAGAGAUUGGCGCGUUUGACUUGGCGCAUGCCUUCGAGCAGAUGUGGGAGAAGAAGAGAUACAACGAGAUUCUCUUCAUGAUCGAUACCUGCCAAGCCAAUACCAUGUACAGCCGCUUAUACUCGCCGAAUAUCAUUGCCACUGGCUCCUCUGAGCUCGACGAGUCAUCCUACUCCCACCACGCUGACAACGACGUCGGCGUGGCCGUCAUCGACCGCUACACAUACUACAACCUCGAGUUCCUCGAGUCGCAGGUCCGCGACAUGAACAGCCAGAAGACGGUCGGCGAGCUCUUUGACAGCUACGACUUUGAAAAGAUUCACUCCAAUGCCGGCGUCCGAUACGACCUGUUCCCCGGCGGCUCCGACGGCGCGCGCAGCCGGCUCAUCACCGACUUCUUUGGCAACAUCCAAAAGGUCGAGGUGGACCACCGCGCGCAGGACCAGGUCCUCGAGGAGGAGCUCCUCGGUCUCAGCAGGACGAUUGCGCUGCUGCGCGCCAAGGAGGCCGAGCAGCUCGCCGCGAAGCGCGCCAACGGCUCUGCCCCGUCAGUACCCGUCAGCGCGCCUACGGAUGCCGUCGUGGGCUCGGCGCGCAAGAUUCAAGGCGCGACUGCGCUGACGACGGACAAUUGGUUCACGAGAAAAGCCAUUGGCGCCACGGCGCUGGUGGGCUGCGUCGCACUAUGGGGGCUGGGUGCCAUUUUGGAAAAGUGA